GAAGAGGCGUGGACUAAGAAACAAGAUGGAGUUGCAUUCUGUAUGAGUAAUAACACUUACAAAGUGAAUUUUAAGUCCAUGACUGUUGUGUCGAGCGACAUGAAAUACCAACCACUCCGGCUGAGUCGGAAGUUAUUUACAGAAACCGGUGUUGUCACUCCAGAUUCUUGGUCAACGCAACCUUUCUUCGCAGACGGAAAACCAUUUCCAGUUGCCAUGUUUACCGUUGCCCCUUCCGCAGACAUGGAGUACCAAAGCGUUGCCAACACGUUUUAUAGCACUGGUGGCCCGGGUACGAUAGUCAGCAUCGAGCGUGUUCAGAAUCCAUGUCUUUACACGCAGUACAUCGCUUAUAAGCAGGAGGUUGAGCGGACAAACAGUCGAUUCGAUCGAUACGUAAGGAACGAGUUACAACUGUUUCACGGGACGAAAGGUUCGAAUGUUAACUCCAUUAACAGGCAAGGAUUCAACAGAACCUUUUCUGGAACGAUGCACGGAGCGGCCUUUGGCAAUGGGGUGUACUUCGCAUCUAGAGCGUCCUAUUCUAAGGGCUACACGGCCCCGGAUAAAAAUGGACUGAGACACAUGUAUCUGGCUCGAGUCGUUGUGGGUUUUUACACCUUAGGACAGAGAGGGCUACUUGUUCCUCCCGCGAUAUCCAGUCAUGAACCAGAAGUUCUUUUUGAUUCUGUAGUGGACAACACGGAAAAUCCAUCCGUUUUCGUUGUAUUUCGAGACGCGCAAUGCUAUCCGGAAUAUCUCAUCACUUUUAAGACUUGAGUCAACCAUCACUUUCUUUCAUACUUCUCAUUAUUGCGUGACUAGACACGGCUGUUGCGUGACUUCAUUCUUUUCAAUCCAGUCGUAACGCAAUCUUCUACAAACGUUGAAACAAGCGCAGUUGUGUUGUUUCGUGUUGUUGUUGCCCUCCUAAAAUACUAUGAUAAUGCAAAGUUCAGAAUUAACAAUCCUCAUGGAUUUUUUUUUUCCUGUUUGGAGAAAUGCUGUUGUUAAAUAAUCUCCUUGUUACAACAACUUCAUGUUUAAAAGUAAUCAAAAUAUUAGGUAUUAUCUUUAAACAAUUGCAAAACACUGGGUAUAGGAAAAAGAGAAUUGGGAGUUAUAAAAUAAAAACAAAAGUUAAAAAAAUCCCUUUGUAUUCUUUUAGCUACAAUUUAA